UUUCCCAGCCAUCUUCCGAAGAAUACAAGAUCCCGUCCUCCAGGCAGUGACCCCCCAAACCAGCCUGCCUGGUCACUGACUGCUUACUCUACUUUAGCUGGACCUCGUCUCCCAGGGACUAGAGAAAAGAGCAGGAGUCCUGGGUCUUCCCAGUUGAGACUGCUGGAGCUGAGACACAGCACUCUCUCAAAGAAGGUGCAGGGCGCCGCGCGCUUCGGGCCGGUGUGGCUAGCCAGCUUCGGGACAGUGCGCACCGUGUACGUGGCUGCUCCUGCACUCGUCGAGGAGCUGUUGCGACAGGAGGGACCCCGGCCCGAGCGCUGCAGCUUCUCGCCCUGGACGGAGCACCGCCGCCGCCGCCAGCGGGCUUGCGGACUUCUCACCGCGGAAGGCGAAGAAUGGCAAAGGCUCCGCAGUCUCCUGGCCCCACUCCUCCUCCGGCCUCAAGCGGCCGCCCGCUACGCCGGAACCCUGGACCACGUAGUCCGCGACCUUGUGCGGCGUUUGAGGCACCAGCGCGGACGUGGCACGGGGCCGCCUGCCCUGGUUCGGGACGUGGCGGGGGAAUUUUACAAGUUCGGACUGGAAGGCAUCGCCGCGGUUCUGCUGGGCUCACGCUUGGGCUGCCUGGAGGCUCAAGUGCCGCCUGAUACGGAGACCUUCAUCCGCGCGGUGGGCUCCGUGUUUGUGUCCACGCUGUUGACCAUGGCGAUGCCCCACUGGCUGCGCCGCCUUGUGCCUGGGCCCUGGGGCCGCCUCUGCCGAGACUGGGACCAGAUGUUUGCAUUUGCUCAGAGGCACGUGGAGCGGCGAGAGGCCGAGGCAGCCAUGAGGAACCGAGGACAGCCCGAUGAGGACCUGGAAUCUGGGGCGCACCUGACCCACUUUCUGUUCCAGGAAGAGUUGCCUGCCCAGUCCAUCCUGGGGAAUGUGACAGAGUUGCUACUGGCGGGAGUGGACACGGUGUCCAACACGCUCUCCUGGGCUCUGUAUGAGCUCUCCCGGCAUCCUGAAGUCCAGACAGCACUCCACUCCGAGAUCACAGCUGCCCUGGGCCCUGGCUCCAGUGCCCACCCCCCAGCCACUGUUCUGUCCCAACUGCCCCUGCUGAAGGCAGUGGUCAAGGAAGUGCUAAGACUGUACCCUGUGGUACCUGGAAAUUCUCGUGUCCCGGACAAAGACAUUCAUGUGGGUGAUUAUAUUAUCCCCAAAAAUACGCUGGUCACUCUGUGUCACUAUGCCACUUCAAGGGACCCUGCCCAGUUCCCAGAGCCAAAUUCUUUUCGUCCAGCUCGCUGGCUGGGGGAGGGUCCCACCCCCCACCCAUUUGCAUCUCUUCCCUUUGGCUUUGGCAAGCGCAGCUGCAUGGGGAGACGCCUGGCAGAGCUUGAAUUGCAAAUGGCUUUGGCCCAGAUCCUGACACAUUUUGAGGUGCAGCCUGAGCCAGGUGCGGCCCCAAUCAGACCCAUGACCCGGACUGUCCUGGUACCUGAGAGGAGCAUCAACCUACAGUUUUUGGACAGAUAGUCCUGUGGAAAGAGGCUGUCAUCAUCACCCUUUCGUUCAUCGUAGGGAUAAUAUUUUUUGCAGGCACAAGACCAAGAGAUACAUCUGCCCCUAAGGCCUAUCUGACCAAACUAGAUAGAAUGACCAUAGUGAAGUGUGAGGCAGCCCUGACCAAUGUGUGAAGUAUGCACUUGGCCUGACUCAGUAGGCCAAGUGAGAAAACCAUUGUCUCUCUCCGUGCUCGGCCCUUCUGAUCAUGUAUGCAUCCCCCAAGGAUGAAAUCAGAUUUUAACUAAUAAUGCUGGAGGAAAGAUUCAACCGCCGCUGUUUUUGGGCUUUCAUAGUGUUCAUUGAUGCUGCUGGCUAAGCAUUUAUCAAAGCAUAAGCUCAGUAACUGUGCAUCUGCUCUGUACCUGGUUGGUCCUUCCUCUUUGCAUGUAAGCACUUUGAGAGGAAGGGUGAAGCCUUAUUUGUUUUUUAUGUCCCCUGCCAGGGCCCAUCUCUGACUGGGUGACACCAUACACAUUCUUAGAUUGAAUCUGAACCAUGUGGCGGAAGGGAUAAGCAGCUUAGUAGGCUCUGUCUACCCCCUUCCUUCUUUGUCUUGCCCAUAGGAAGGUGAAUCUGCCCUAGCCUGGUUUACAAUUUCUUACAACUCUCCUUUGCUCUCUGGCCACUAUUAAGUGGGUUUGCCCCAUCACUUAGUUCUCAGGCAGAGACAUCUUUGGGCCUGUCCCUGCCCAGGCCUCUGGCUUCUUUUUUAUAUUGAAAAGUUUUAAAUAUUCAUAAAUUUUAGAAUAAAAAAUCAAGGCCAGGCGAGGAGGC